AUGUGUCUGGAUGUGUUCAAUGAUCCAGUCACCACUCCGUGUGGACACAACUUCUGCAAAAACUGCCUGAACAAAUGCUGGAAAAACACAAAGUGCGUCUGUCCAUUCUGUAAAGAAACCUUCAUGAAGAGACCUGAUCUGAAGAUCAACACCACACUCAGAGACGUCGUUCAGCACUUUAAAGAAAAGAUUCAUGAUGAUAAACCUGAUGUUUUCUGUGACAUCUGUACUGAGAAGAAAAAAGCUCUGAAGACGUGUCUGAUGUGUCAGAGCUCUUACUGUCAAACUCAUCUGGAGCCUCACACGAGAGUCCAGCGUCUGAAGAAACACACACUGAUCAAUCCUGUGAUCAAUCUGGAUGAUUAUAUAUGUCAGAAACACGAGAGACCUCUGGAGCUCUUCUGUCGAGAUGAUCACACGUGUGUUUGUGUGUUCUGUACUGAAGGAGAUCACAAGACUCACAACACUGUCUCUAUAGAGGAGGAGAGCAGACAGAGGAAGACUCAGCUGGUAAAGACACAGACAGACGUGCAGCUGAUGAUUCAGGACAGAAUCAAGAAGAUUCAAGACAUCAAACACUCAGUAGAGCUGAUGAAGAGAAAGACAGAUCAAGGGAAAGCAGACAGUGUGGAGAUGUUCAGAGAUCUCAUCCGCUCCAUUGAGAGAUGUCAGUGUGAUGUACUGAAGAUGAUGGAGGAGAAACAGGAAGGAGCAGAGAAACACGCUGAAGAUGUGAUGAAAGAUCUGGAGCAGGACAUCAGUGAACUGAAGAAGAGAAACAUUGAGCUGCAGCAGAUCAUGUCAAACACUGAAGAUCAUUUUCAUCUCAUACAGAUUUCUUCAUCUCUGUGCACACCUGUCAACAUGAAGAACUGCUCUGACAUCAGUGUUGAUACUUCUUACAGUCUGAACACUGUGACACCUCUGACUCAACUCAAACAGACUCUGGAUCACAAACUCAAUCAAACAUUGUUGAUGACGAAACAGCAGUUUGCAGUGGAUGUGACUCUAGAUCCUGAUACAGCUUCACCAUAUCUGAUUCUGUCUGAUGAUAGAAAACAAGUGAGACAUGGAGACAUAAAGCAAGAGCUUCCAGAUAAUCCUGAGAGAUUUGAUAAAUGUUCAUGUGUUCUGGGAAAAGAGGGAUUCUCAUCAGGGAGAUUCUAUUUUGAGGUUCAGGUCAGUGGAAAGACUGCAUGGGAUUUAGGAGUGGUCAGAGAAUCUAUUAACAGAAAGGGACGGAUCAGACUGAAACCAGUGAAUGCAUACUGGACUGUGUUGCUGAGGAAUGAGAAUAAAUACUCAUCUUGUGAUAGUCCUCUCGUCUCUCUGUCUCUGAGUGUGAGUCCACAGAAGGUGGGUGUGUUUGUGGAUUAUGAGGAGGGUUUGGUCUCUUUUUAUGAUAUGGACUCCAGCUCUCAUAUCUACUCAUUCACUGGUCAAUCCUUCACUGAAACUCUCUAUCCAUACUUCUGCCCAUGUAAUAAUGAUGAGGUAAAAACUCAAAGCCUCUGAUCAUCUUACCUGUGCGUGAAUGAAUGAACGAGUAAAUCAUUGACUGGAUGAAUGUGAGAUUGAAUGAAUAAACAGUCCACUAAGAAUCUGAAAAGAUUAAAGUAAUAGUUGACUAAAAAUGACAUCAUCACUCACCCUCAUGUCAUUCCACUUAAAUGUGAUGUUUUAUUCAUGAAACACAAAAGACGAUUACAUGAAUCUUUAUACAGCUCUGUUCACACCACACUUGUCAAUCUCACAAAAA